AUGACAACCCCAAAGCAUUUGCCUAUUCUCACGUCGAUUGCUAUACUGCUCGCAUCAUUCCCAUAUGCCCUAGCACAAUGUGACCUCCCAUCAACCUACAAUUGGACCUCAACCGGCCCCCUCGCAGACCCCCAGUCGGGCCUGGCAUCUCUGAAAGAUUUCACAGCUGUCCCAUAUAACAACUACCACCUCGUUUACGCAUCCUACGUUGACUCUUUGUCGAACUACGGCUCACUCAGUUUCGGGAUUUUCACUGAUUGA